CUUGCACACCAUCAUCUGCCUACGCACCCUCACUCGCCAGAUUCUACACAGGCCACCCGGAAAGAUGCGCUUCAUUACUAUCAUCACAUAAAAUUAAGUCCGAGGAGUUUCGGCAAUCGCGGUAUCACGUCCGUAACAUUGAGCAAAGCAUGGCCACAGGAACAUGAAGCUCUACUGGCUCUUUUCGUCUACCCAUAG